AUGCUGGACUAUACAGAGUUUCAGCAGGUCUUUCCUGCCGCCCUGCACAGCCCCUACGACCGCAAGCUGCAGCAGGACAUUGAUGCCCAUCGCAAAACAUUGUCGGGCGUGCUCUUCAUCGACCGAGUCCUGCGCGCUCUGGGCAUCGCAAAAACCAAGGUUUACCCUCCCAAGACGGACAACGCGCUCAAGCAGCUUCACCAGAGCGUUUGCGAUGCCACUGUGUCGACACACCACAAGCUGUCGCUUUUCUACUACGUGCUACUUGACUUCGACGGCUCCAACGGCCCUUCGUAUAUCUCACAAGAGUUUGUCGCUGCCUCCGGACUUCCUGCCAACUACCAGCUAUUCAUGCAGGGCCUGUGGUACAUGGACCAUCUGGAAUUCUCGAGCGCGCUUGAAUACGUUUCACAUCCGUCUCUCGGCCCAGACUUCUCCGACGACAUCAUCAUCGCGCUGGUCCAGCACGCCCCCGACGAAGACUACACCCUCCCUCUCGCUUACUUUACAUCGGUGCGACCUAUCCUCAAGUCGUCAAUCGCUGUGGAGCUCCUCUUUGACGCCAUGUCCAGAACAAAUGUCACUGAGGCGCUUUUGUACUCGCGCACAUUCCCCGACCAUGCGCGCGAGCAGCUUUUCCUGAGGCUGAUUGCGUCGGUGUUGGACGGAAGCAAAGGCGACGAAAUUACCAGCCAGGCCAGUGAGCUCGUUUUUCUCCCCUUUGAUACCACCGAAGAUACCUGGUUCGAGGAUUUUCUUUCCAACGGGGAGGGUCGAACUUUGAAACGAGCCAAAGACAUGCUGCUGGUGCGCCGCAUUGCGUGCGACAGGUUUGAGGAGCUGACCAAGUACAAGGCCAACAAUGAAUGGGCGGCAGUGCUGGAAGGGAUCAAGAGCGGCGUAGAGGGACAUUUGCAAUAA